AUGUCGGACACAAUUGAUUUAGAGAGGAACAAUCUCUGUACAACACAAGACGCAUUUGAACAUUUUCAAGCAGUCUCUAUGUAUGAAGAAAGUGAAUAUAUUGCUCUGCCUAACACAUCAAUCGCUCAGCCUGGGACUGCAGGAUCGACAAAUGCUUUAAAAGAUUUAUCAUGUGACACCGAAGUCGAAAUAUCUUCGACAGUUGAUGAUCAAUUGCAAAGUGUAAAAAGUACAUCAAUACCAUGUAAAGAAACGAAAAAAGCCGUAAGGGUAAAUUCGGAAAAGAAAGUGAUUUGUAAGAAGUCAUCAAAGUCGAAUGCUAGGACAAAUAAGAGAGGUAGGAAAAAGAAGAAUUUGAAUGGUAACAAUGGGACCGACCGACCGACCGUAAAUAUAAGUCCUGUACCUUUAUCACAUACAAGUGAUAUUGCCGAAGAUGUAGCUAUGGACGAAAAAGACAGUGAUAUUAGAGAUCACCAAGUAAGCACUACACAGGGCAAUUCGGGAACUAUUGAAGAAAAGAUUUCAGUUAAAAAUGUUUCAAAAAAAAGUAUUAAUAAAAGCCAUAACAAGAAAAAUACUGCAGGUAAAAGAGGAAGACCACGGCUUUGUGAUAAGCCUAUACCUGCAUCUCAGAAAUUCAAAAGCAAUGAAAGCAUAGAUAUAGAAGAAAACCAAAACAAAACUAAAAGUAAUAAAGGCAGGCGUGGGCGACCAAAGAAAUUAAGCAAAGUAAUGAAUACAAAAUUAAUACCAGAAAAUAUUGAAAGUGAAAUACAAACUGAAAGUACUCUGGAACUUACUAAACAUGCAGAAUUGAAUUCAGCCCCAGAAGAUUUACCAUUAGUAAAAUUGAAAAAUGAAAAAUCAUUAGAUGAAUAUAAUAAAGAAGUAAGUUGUGAUGUUGGUAGAUUACAGAAGAAAAAGUCUAUUGAAAAGAAUAUGUCAGCAGAAAAAAUGCUUAGUAACCCAGAAUGUGUACCAGAUUCAGUGUUAAAAGAAAGUCAGGGCAUUGUGGAGAAUACUUUUAGCAAUAAUGAUGUCAACAACUUAAAUGAACAAACUGAACAAACUGAAAAUAAAUGUAACUUAAAUAAUUCUAAAGAGGCUUGUGACGACAGUUUAUCAAAAAAUAAUUUUCCCGAUGAUGAUGAGGCAGAUGAUAUUUGCUUAAGUAAGCUAAAAAAAACCCUUGAAACUUCCAAGACUGAAGACUUACCUGUGAGAACUGAAGAGCAACCUAUAAAUUCAUCAGACAUUAAUGUGAAAGAAAAUGAUGUUGUAGUGAAUGGUAAUGCUAUUAACUCUAAAAUGCCAAAUAUAACAGGUUAUGAUAUAUAUAAUGAUAAUAACAGUAUUGUUGCAAAUGAGCAAAUUAUGAGUGAUGUAGACAAUGCUAAAAAUGAUGAUCAUAAUCUGUCUUGCGUAGCUGAAAGUUCUAGGGGGAGACCUUUGCGUAGAAAGGGUAAAAAAACUUUACAUUAUGAUGAAGGGUCUGAUGAAGAUCCUUUUGCAAAUGUAGAAUUAUCUGAUGAUGAUGGUGAACCUAGAAGAUCUAAAAAGGGAAGGUGUUACUCUGAUGAUGAAUAUAUACCGGGUAGAAAGCGUGGACGAAUUUCUUCAUCAGAUACAACAGACAGUGAUAUAGACAAGAAUGAAGAGGAGUUGAAAAAAACAAAAAAGAAACGUGUUAAUAGUAAGAAUACCAAGCAAAAGGGAAAGAAGCAUAAUAUAGAUUCACUAAGAGGUGAGACUAGUCAGUCAAUGGAUAUGGCAUUAACAGCUGAUGAAAAUAGUCAGAGAGAAGAUGGUGUUGAUGUUGGCUUAGAGAGUAAAGUUAUUAGAAUAGAUGAUGACUAUUCCUCUACAUCUUCUAAUGUGUGGGGCACAACGCACGAGUUUGAAAACUUCUUAGCAAAAAAAAUUCAAGGCACAAAUUUAAAAAUACAAAAGGUAUCAAACAUCCAACCCAGAGCAAUAACUCCUUUAGAAAUUCCAGUUAUUGAUCCAAACAUGGCUAAAAAAACAGUUGAAAUGAGUGCUCAAACAAAUGCUAUUCAAACAAAAACUGCAUCAGCACAAACUAGUACACCAUAUGACAUUCCAAUGAAAAAUAAUGUUCCUCUUUCAGCAGAACAAGCUGAAAAGGCAUGUGAAUUUUUAAAAGAUAUUGUAAAAACAACUUCAGAACUAGGUGAAUUAAUGACUCAAAAAUCGGAAGACUUUAUUCAGAAGAAAAUUAACACAAAGCAUGUUACUGAUACAUUUAAAAUGGAUUACUGUGUAAGAAAAUCAUUUUUAUUAUUUAAACUUGCCAAGCAUAACCUAAUGCAAAUGGAAGAAGAUUUAUCUAAACAAUAUGAAGAAUUUUUGAAGAAAAAUGAUUUACUGCAAUAUAGGGAGGUGCCAAAAAGCAUCACACCUCAAAUAAGGUUGAUUGAUAGUGACAGUGAUUGCGAAAUAAUAGAAGAUACACAGCCUAAAAAAAAUUCAAAAUCCAAGGAACAGCCAAAGUUCAAUCUCAAAACUGUAUUUCUCAAUAAAGAAUUAUCAAUAAAAAUAGCUAAAAAGCCAAAUGAGGAACCAAAAGGUAAAGAUAAAAUUAAUAUCAAAGGCAAGCGUACUGUAUGGCUUAAUGACUCUGUGAUGGUAAAAAAAGUACAACCAAAACAGUCUUUUUUAGCCCAGGACAGCCGCAAUAAAAAACCCCCUGAUACAUAUGUCACUUAUAAAAUGGUAAGAGAUUUUUUUAAAGAUUAUUACCGUCAGACUGCAAUAUCUAUUUGUGCUCCAUUUAUUACCACAGAAUGGUUUUGCAAGAAAAAAAGUUAUGUUCACUGCAAUUACUUUUGUGUAAGACCAUUAGAAUUUAAUACUAGACCUAGUUAUUUUCAAAAUGGUGAAUCAACAAAUAGCUUAGAUGCCUCAGGGUCUGACAUCAAUACAAAUGAACAAUCUAGUGGCAAUGUUAAUGAUAGAACUUAUCCAAAGGCAUUGCUUUCAUUAUGCGUUCAAGUUCUACAAAACAAUCUGAUUCACACCAUAAACAAGCAGAGAUAUCAAGAAGUCUGCGAUAAUACUAACAAUGCACAUUAUACGCGAGUAAACCCAGAAACAUUAUUUCGGCUAUGUGUAAAUAACAUAAGAUGUAUAUUAAGUGAAAACAACAGUAAGAAGAUAGAGUCAAAAUUACCAAACAGUAAGGGUGGGAUAGUUGAAGAAAAAAUCAACUCACUAAAAACUUUAUGUUACAAAAUAAUUGUUAAACAAAUUUUUACAUCAUACUCUAUAAGAAAUAACUGUAACAUCUUGUUGACACAUAAAUUACCUGAUAAUCAUAAAAGCAAUACAGUUAAUUCAUUAUUCUCACUAUGUGUAAACAUUGUGCAAAAAAGUCAAAAGACAGAUAAUAAUUAUAAGCAUAAGUGUAAUAAAGUUUAUUUAUAUUCACCAAGUUCUUUGAAAUAUAUAACUUUUUCUUACAUAUUAUCCCUUAUGAGAAAUAGUGAGAAUGACAACCACAAAAGUAAUUAUACAGUGAUAUGUAACUUAAAUAUUGAAGAAACUAAUGGGUUAUUAAACAAUAAUAAUGAGAAAUUUGCAAUUGAUAUGCAUUUUAUAAAAUGUAAUGAAAAAAAAGAAUUACUUCAAAAAAAUUACAAAUUGGAAAAUAUUCAAAAUUGUAAUUCUGUAAAAAAUAAAAUAAAAAAAUUGUCGAAAAUUUGUUUUGAGAAAAUUUCUUUAAUUUUUGGUGAAAAUUACCAAAAUAAAACGUUAGAGUUCAACUCCAUACAAAUAAAUUCUGUCAACACGGUGCCAGAGGAGUUGUUUUCCAGUUUGCAAAACAUUUCACCAAUCUAUGAAGAGGAUGCUGAAUGCUGUGAUGUUGAAGACACAAAUAGUAAUGACGAGGAUAUAUAUGAUGAUUACAGUGAAGAAAUUAAUCAGUCAGAAAAAUGUAAAUGGGAACUAAAACAACAAUUAACACUACCUACAUGUCCUUUAACUAAAGCUUGUGAAAAUACAAGUUUAAUUCAAAUACAAAAAUCAAAUACAGAAAUUAUUAGACCCGAAAUAUCUCAAGUGAAAUCAGAACCCUUUGAAGAAGACAUUCUAGAAAAUGAAGAAAUUCCAUUUAUAAAAAUAGAACAAGAUGAACAUGACGAGGAAUCUAGUUUUAGCCCACUACUUAAUAAUGUAGUGGCUGCAAAACAAGAAAAUGUUUUUCAACCAUCUAAUGUGUUGACCAAUGAAAGAGUAAACAAUGAUUAUAAUGAAUCAUUCUUAAACGAAGAAGAAGAAGGAAUGUUUGAUUAUGAUAAUAGAGAAAGCUUUAAUCAUGAAGAAAAAGUUUUCAGUCAGAGUUCCCUUAGGGUGCGUAGACAAUUUGAACCUGAUUCUGACACUGAAGCUGAUAAUACUAUGAGCUUAUUGGUACCACACACAUUUGAAUCAUUAAAUAUUGAUAAAGUUAGAAGCUCACUUAUGGAAAAUAAUACUUCUGAUGAAGAAACAGUUACACAAAAACGAACACCGAACAAAAAAAAGAUUGAAAAGCGGAAAACAAAACCAAAACCUUUACUAACCAAAAGAAAUAAAGAUGUUUCUAAAGAAUUACCAGUGACUAAUGAAGUUGAUUUGUUAGCUGAAAAAAUGCAGAAUAAAAUAAGACAAACAGAGAAAAACACACACAGUUCUGACUCUGAAACAGAAAAUAUUGCUUUAAGUUUAAGAAGCGAUAGGAAAACAAAAAAAGAUAGUAUAAAAGAUUCUGAUUUGAUAAACAAAAUAAUUCUGCCUGAUGAAAUACAGUGUACUAAUGUAGAUUCUACACAAAAGAUAGUUGAUCAUGUGGAGAACAUAUCCAAAAAUGAUGAUAAAAAUUCAGACUGUUGCAAUUUAAACAAAAAUGUAUUAUUAGAAUAUAAUAAAUAUGUUAACGAUCUAUAUACUAGAAUGAAAUUAUCAAGUGAUUCAUCAGAAUUAAAAAAUGAUUCAAAAGUAGUGUCAAAUAGUCAGUUUAAUGAAGAAAAUGAAGAAUCAGAUAGGUCAUACUCACCUGCAAUAAAUCCUGAUGAGCCCAUUGAAUUAUUACAAUGUGAACCCAAUUUGUCCUUUCUUAGCAAUGAUGUUGAUGAAGUAACUUUAACAAAAAACGAUAACCAAGACGAAAGAGGUCACGAUACAAAUAAAACAUUUAAAAAUGACCCUAGCAGUAAAGAUGUAAAAACUAAAAAUCUUUUACCAAUAAACCUUAAUGAGUGGGAAUGUUAUCCUGUUAAUAUUAAUGACACUAAACUGUAUCAACAAGCUGUUGUGGUUUUAGAAAAAUUACCAGAAGCAUUUGUUGAGACAUAUUUCAAAUAUCAAGAUAUUCUUUGCCGAGAUAAAGAUGAUAUGGAAGUAGAAAGAUUAACAAACCUACAAUCAUUGCAUCGAACGAAAUAUCAAAAAGUUCCAUCCAAAGCAACAGACAAGCCUAAUGGUAAUACUCUACGAAAAUCCUUAAAUUCUCGUUCAAAUUCGCCAUCUUUAGAUAUUCACCAAGAUAGUGAUAGCAAAGAAUUAACAGCUUCUGAAGACGAGCUAGAUAAUGCUGAUGAAUUGAUCCCACCUGUACAGCAACAAAUCUCUGAAAACUGUUUGGCGAAGAAUACACUUAUGGAAGAAGACAAUGACAAUGAUUUACUACCCGAUAAACCCAUUAAAGAAGAACCAGAAGAUAUUGAAGAAAACCUAGACUUAGUGACAAAAAAUAAACAAAUACAGCCAAAAAAAAUUAAACAUAACCAAGAAAUUAAAGGCAUCAAAACAAAAUUAGCUACAGAAGCAAAAAUAAAGUUAGAAGAUGAGAAACCUCAAGAACCAUUAAUGUUGACGGCAGAUAAAGUGAUGAAUAAAGAACUAACAUUAUUAAACACACCCGUUGUAAUGAGGGAUGACAUCAGUGAUAGCCUAUCUAGAAAGAGCUCUUUAAGAAAUAGUUCUAAAAGAGUAUCUAAGAACUCUGUAAACAAAGAUCGCGUAGAAGAACAAGAUCAUUCUUCUUCUGAGGAGGAAAAGCAAUGGGUUAACACUAAAGAAAAACUUCUAAAAAGAAUGGAAAAGAAGCAGGAAGAUUCCAGCAUAGACGAUGCCAAACGCGCCAAGCUUGUGAGUGAAUUCAUAGAAAAAUGUGAAGCACCAGAGUCACGUAAAAGGCAUGUUCGCGGUCGAGGAACGCGUUCCAGAAAGAAGUUUUGGGAGCGUCAAAAACAAUUGAGUGUUCUGUCAAAGGAGCUUUUUGGUGAGUCUUCUGAUGGUUCACCGCUACCAGGGAAGAAAUUUUCACAUGCAUUUGGUAAAGGGCGACGCAAUAUAAGAAAGGUUAUAGACAAAAAAUCUUUGGCGAGGAGUACUGUGAUAGCGAAUAUGGAAGAGUUUGAGCGCAAACGUCGCCUGAUCAUUCGCCAAACAAGACUGAGGAAACUGCUUGACUGCGAGGAAGGUCAGAAUAUUCUAGUCAUAAACCAGGAAGUGUGUCUCGAAUACGAUUUUGAGAAACAUUCCCCCGUUGUUACUAUCCACCCUUUCUUUACAAAGGUCAUGAAAGCUCAUCAGUGCCACGGUGUGAAGUUCAUGUGGGACGCUUGCUUCGAGAGCCUGGCGAUGAUAGAGGCGGGCCACCCCGGCGGCGGCUGCAUACUAGCGCACUGCAUGGGGCUCGGCAAGACUUUGCAAGUGUUGGCGUUGCUCCACACAGUAUUAACACAUCCGCGUGUCGGCAUACAACGAGUGCUGGUGUGCUGCCCGCUCUCCACUGUCCUGAACUGGGUCGAUGAGAUCCACAAGUGGAUCGGACCUGUCACAAACAAGCUCAAGGUAUUUGAGUUAUCGAAGCUAAAGAAGACUUAUGAAAGAGCAUAUCAACUUGAAGACUGGUACAAUGGAGGCGGUAUCUUCAUUAUCGGUUACGAGCUAUUCCGAAAUUUGUCAACGUUGGAUCCUGUAUUGGAUGGAAUUCGCCCAACAAUAGUCAACAAAAUUCGGAUGGCCCUGUUGGACCCGGGCCCGGACAUCAUAGUUUGUGACGAAGGCCAUCUCCUAAAGAACGACAGUUCAGUGCUCGCGGUCGCUAUGAGCAGAGUUGCGACCAAACGCCGCAUCGUUCUCACCGGGACCCCAAUGCAGAAUAAUCUCAGAGAAUAUUAUUGUAUGGUGAAUUUUGUCAAACCCAAUCUGCUCGGAAGCUAUUCGGAAUAUUCCAACAGAUUCGAGAACCCAAUUAUGAACGGCCAACACCGUGAUUCAAGAGAGGAGGAUAUUAAAUUAAUGAAAGCGAGGACGCACAUCUUGCACAAGGUGUUAGAAGGUUGCUUACAACGUCAAGAGGCGUCGGUACUAUAUCCGUACCUCCCCAAGAAACACGAAUACACCGUGUUCAUACCUUUGACGAAAUGUCAAAGCGAUCUGUACAAGCAUUAUUUAACGCAUUACACAAAGGUGGCCAAGCAGAGUACAUUGAGAGAUUUCCACAUACUGCAGAAGAUAUGGACUCACCCGCAAGUGCUGCAUAACUUCCAAAUGAAAUCGCGGGAAGAUAAUAAUAGCAAAAUUAAAGUGGAGAAGAUAGAAGAUGACCUGGCAAAUGAAGAUUUGACGGCCACAGAGGACAUAAAGCCGGCGCAAACGGAGGUCUGGUGGCUGCAGUACUUGGAAGGGGGCAAUAUGCUCGACUCGUUGGAGAGCUCCAACAAAUUGCUUGCUGUCUUCCAUAUACUUGCCGAGUGCCUUGCUCUAGGAGAUAAAGUCCUGUUGUUUUCGACGUCUCUGUUUACAAUGGACACCCUAGAGUAUUUCCUGAAACGCAUUAACAACUGGAGCUUAGGACGAGAGUACUACCGGUUGGACGGCUCUGUGCCCGCCGAGGUGCGCCAGAAGUGGUGCCGCGAGUUCAACGCAGACAGCAACCAGAUAACCAAAUUAUUCCUUAUAUCAACUCGGGCUGGCUCGCUGGGGCUCAACAUGACAGCAGCUAACCGUGUCAUUAUUCUUGAUACUUCAUGGAACCCCGCACACGACAUACAGAGUAUCUUUCGAGUUUACCGAUUUGGGCAGAAGAAGGACUGCUAUAUAUAUAGGCUGGUCGCUUUGGGUACAAUGGAACAGAAGAUCUACGAGCGUGCCGUGACGAAGCAGGCAGUAGCAUGCCGCGUAGUGGACGAGCAACAAAUUGAUCGCCACUACAAUAUGGAUGAACUCACCGAAUUAUACAAAUUGGACGAGUCGGGGUCGGGCGUGGCGAGCGGCGUGGCGGUGGGCGUGACGGACGUGGCGCUGCUGCGCGUGGCGCGCGACGUGUCGCUGCACGCCGUGCACGAGCACGACUCGCUGCUACGCGGCUCGGCCGAACAGCAGCUGCCCGAGCACGAGCGCGCGGCCGCCUGGCUGCAGUUCGAGCAGGAACAAGCGCACACGCAAAUGCAGAACUUAGGACAGAGCGCGUUUAAAACGCCAACAAAACGACUUCAUGGUCAUGAUUAUGCAAAAUCACCAGUACAUUCACCAGUUGAAAUAAAAAACGAGAAUGACGAAAAAGUACCAAAAGAAAAAAUCAAACUAAGGUCAAGAAAGACUCGUAAAAAUUCUUUCAAAGAUAGAAUACUUUUAGAACAAGAACCCAGCACUAGUAAGAAAGUCGUAACUGAUGAUACCACUAAUAAAGAAAGUGUGAUGGUACAACAGAUCAAAAACAUUUUAGUUCAAAAUGACUUUCUUAAUCAUUACCACGCCUCCGAUAUAGAGAAUUUCGUAACAAAGGUGCGCCAAGUUGUUGACGAUGGUCUUAAAGCAGGUCAUGCUAAUGUCAGUGAUAUUGUAACGGAAAGUAUAUCAAAGGUAUUACUUAACUCGGAUAUUACAGCUGUUGUUCAAUCGUCUGCUAUAAUUCCCCAAUGUUUUGAGGAAUCUAAAAUGGAACAUAUGCAAACAACCUCAAACAAUGAGAUAAGCAUUAAAAAAAGCAUCAAGAAAGAGGACAGCGAUGAAACUAAAGAAAGCACAACUAAAAAUAAAAACAAAUGCUCAAAUAAAAAAGAAAAUGGAAGGAAACGAACUUCUGAAAAGGAGGAACAAUUAACAUCUGGCCAAAUCAAAGACAUUAGUACAAAUAACAUGCAUAAAAGAAGAAGAAAAGCAGCAUUAAAGGCAAGAGAACACCUGGAUUCAUUGGACUUAACAUUUAAUCAAGAUGACGAUGAUGAAUGGAAUAAUAGUAGUAUUUCAUCGUUAAAGAAACAUAAAGCGAGGCAAAUUAAAAGUGAAACUGUUACCUGUAAUAAAGACAAAGAAGAUCUGAUGCAGUACGAGAAUUCAUCAUUAAAGAAACAUAAAGCAGGGCAAAGUAAAAGCGAAACUGUUACCUGUAAUAAAGAAAAAGAAGUUCUGACGCAGAACGAAAAUUCAUCAUUAAAGAAACAUAAAGCAGGUCAAAGUAAAAGCGAAACUGUUACCUGUAAUAAAGAAAAAGAAGUUCUGACGCAGUACGAUAAUUCAUCAUUAAAGAAACAUAAAGCAGGUCAAAGUAAAAGCAAAACUGUUACCUGUAAUAAAGAAAAAGAAGUUCUGACGCAGAAGGAAAAUUCAUCAUUAAAGAAACAUAAAGCAGGGCAAAGUAAAAACGAAACUGUUACAUGUAAUAAAGAUAAAGAAGUUCUGACGGAGAAUGACAAAAUUUUAAACAGAGAAAAAGACAAUUCAGAUGAAGAAACACUUUCCAGCUCUUCCAAACCAGAAGAUAUCAAUAAAAACGGAAUAGAAAUGAAUAGUAUACUUCUAAGUGAUGACGAUGAUGACCUCAUUAUAGAACCUAAGCAACCUGAAACCAGCAAAAAAGUAAAGAAUACAGUUGAAAGACAAAAUGAAGAUAACGAUAACGAAAAUGAACAGAUUCCCUUACAUCCAUCGUUGUUAACCAAUAAUAAUUUUAUUAAAAUAGUAGCGCAUACAUACUUGACGGGCAAUCCUAUGUUAGAUGAAGAUGCUGCUGUUUUAGCUGCUCAAUACAGUACGCAUAAAGCAUUAAAGGAAAUUGAGAUGACCGGAAAAGACUUGUGCAGUGGACCCAUUUAUGAUAUUGCUGUCAAUGUAGUUGGCAAGGAUACUUUAAAGAAACUUUACACAAGCAACAUUAAUCAACCUAAAGUUGAUAAAUCAAAAACAAACCAAGCAAAUGAAGAUGAUCGUGAACAGGAGCAAACUACAAAUGAUGAGCCCCAAGUAAACCAAUCAAAGGUUGAUCUAAAAUCCAAAAAACUAAAAGAUAAAAAACAUUCUAAAGAUAUGCAGUCGUCAAAAUAUCAAAAUAAAUCGAAAUCAAUUAAAAAAAGGGUUAGUGCAAAGCAAAUAGAAGAAAGAAAAAAAUCCUCGGACUCUGAUGACUUGUUAAUGAUUUCUGAGGAUUCCAUAAGUUUAAAAACUGAUGCAAGUAUAAAAAAAGAGAAUAGCAAGAAAAGCAAGCCUCUAUCAUCAAAACUUGAAAAGAAAAAAGUACUAAAAAUGGGAACAUAUCCGCUAGAAAAAGUUAAAAAAAAUUCUUCGACUUCUACAAGUCCACCAAAGCUUCAAACUUCUAUUCCUGAAGCAGUCCCCGUUGAACUAAUUAGAAGUUCAACAAAUUCACCCUCCCAACAAUCAACGAUGGCAUCCGCUGAGUGCAUUCUUCCUGACGAUGAUGACAACUUCCUCGACAGCGAUGACGAUGCUGUUUACCUGAUUAACGAACCUUCGCCGCCAGUAAGCAAAAAGUCCCCCACUCAGCAGGGCAUCUCGAAAUCUUUCAUAUUUGACAAUAUGUGGGACUCGAAAACUUCUUCCCAGAAAAACGAGAUAGCAAGUGAUACUCCAUCAAUAUCAACACCUCCUACACCAUCCUUAGCAAGAAUCUCCUUAGAAAAUAAAGCUAAUACACCAAACAACGAAUCUUCUAUCAUAAUUCCUGAUGUUUACUUAGAUAAUGAUCCGAUGGAUAACGUAAAGGAACAGGUUCCUGCUAAGGACACUGCCGUCACGAAUACGACUGUUGGUUCUCCUACAAUCUGCUUAGAUAGUGACGAAGAAGAAGAUACUCCUGUAAUGCAUGAGGUGGCUAAAGGCACCAUUUCUAAUCCAGAUACAAAUGUACAAAUUACUCAGCCACCUCUAUCUGUUACGACAAUGGCAUCAAAUGUAGUACCACUUCAAAGCUUGUCAACUUUAAAUACUCCCGUGUCUAGUACUCCAGAAACACCGAGUGUUGCACCAGAUAAUCGGAUUAUGAUUCCUUUAGACCAAUUACAACAUCGUUUACAAAUUCUUAAUCAUCCCAAGGUAGGCGAGUCUGCUGCAAGUGAAGUUGACUCAAUAAAAGAUAUUAACCUUACCCAUAAAAUACCCGUUCAAAAUAAUAAAGUUACAAAUACUCCGACAUCUCUUCCUGUAAAACGAAUAUGCAAACCUGGUGAUGUUAUACGAAUCAAUAGCAGCAGAGAUAUUGUAAUACUAAAUAAAAAUUCCCAUACUCUUACAAAAUCAAAUUCAAACACAAUAGUUAAAGAAAAGGUAGCUGCAGCGCCCAAAGUAACUUCGACAUCAAAUGCAGAAAAGUUUUUAUACACAAAUAAGACGAAUAUAGACAAUUUAUCGAAAAAAAUCGAAGAUCCGAAAGUACAACAAGAAGCAGACGCACAAUUUUCUAGUUCAAACAAUCCUCUCUCGAUAUUGAAAAAUGUAGUCCACAUAGAAGCCGAUGAGUAUGAUAAAACUGAAUCCAGUAAAGCAAUAAGUAAUCAAACGUCGAAAGACAAAGAAUUGAUUAAGCAAUCUAAUACCGAAGUUAAAUCAAAUACUCACGACUUAACGGAAUAUGUGCCUAUUCAAAAAGUGUCAAAUAUAAAUAAACCUGUGAUCUUAAAUAACAUUUUAAGAGGCCCAACUAUGAAAAUCAAAAAAUUGUCGUUUACACCGUUCAAACAGAACUUGGGAACAGGUUUAUUGAAAAAAAAAUUUCUCGUUACAAAUUCGGUUACGAAUUUAAGUACUUCUUCAAAAACAAACAGUGCUAUUAUCAAUUCAGUUGAUCUCACAGAUACAGUGUCUGACAACAAUAGAAAUCUUAUGGACAAAGUUAUAACGAUUGGAAAUAAAAGCAAAAAUACUUCAAAAGGUUAUGUAGCAACUAUAACUGGUUCGGCAAAAGACCUCAAGAUUGUUCGGACUGGAGAAAAGUCUUCGCCUUUUUCGGUGGAUUUGACGGAUGAUUCUUCCAGUAGAAGUAAUGACUUCAUAGCAACAGUCGACGCCAAAACUAGUGACACUAAGAAAAUACAGAAGACGCUCGUGACGUCGGAAAUAGCCAAAAAAAAGUCAUUCGAAAAAUUGACGCUAAAGGACUUUGACAUCGAGGAUAUCGACGAUAUUAUUGAACUCGACUAA